AUGUCUCUCUUCUUUCCUCUGACGGGUAGGACAUCUUUGGCACUUGCAGUCGAGCCCAAAACCAGCCAGUUGUUCUGGCUCACGGCUAGCCCGAUCAGUCUCUCGCCUUGGCCCACUUUUUCGGAGAACACUUUUUAUGCUGGUGGCACCGGCUCCGAUAACAAGGCGGAAUUUUCGAGUGCGUCCUCUAUUUCCUCUUUGCCUUUUCUGCCUACCGACUGGGAUUAUGGCGAUCAAACCACACCGAAUGAAAUCGUUGGAAGAGUAAGAGAAAAGAAGCUAGCAUCUAUGAGGUCGACUGAGGCAGGCCGAACAUUGUCAAAUGGAGCGGAGGUUGAAGUUGAAGAUGAUGACUUUGAUAAUGAUUUCGAGACUGAGCAAGAGGAUGAAGAGGCAGAAGAAGAGGGCGAUGAUCAGAUUUGGAGGGAGGAAGAGAUGUGGAGGGACUAUCGGAUUGAAUCAUCCGCCCUUGACGGGUCCGGUCGACGUGUGCUCGUGCCUUCCGUUUCACUUGGCCGUCGACCAUGCUGUCUUACUUAUGCCAUUCACCUGUCCCGGAUAUACUGGAUAGACGAGAUAGACAACAAGAUUGAGUGGAUCCAGAGCUCUACGCUCUCUGGAACUAGCUUUUUUAUCCAAUGUACCUUUUUACGUGUGCAUCUGAGGCGAAAUGUGUGCUCAGAUGCACACAUGUGUCCCGAAGGCUACUAA